AAUUUUUAUUCAAUUGCAUGCUCUAUUAUCAUAAAAAAAAAAUUGCGGAGAAAGAGAUUUUUUCUAUUUUUAUAUCGGAAAUUAAUUGACGAUCAAAAUCAGAUUCGUUGCCUGAAGCGGAGAUUGAUAUAUCGAGUUAUGGCUGAUAUAUGUUACGAGGACGAAACGUCGACUUGUGAAUCUAGGCCGUCUUGGUCUAGCCGGAAGUGGAGGAUUGGUGUUCAACGAUUCAGGAUGUCUCCCUCGGACCUAAAUCCGACGGCGGUGGAAGAGAAACCUGAGGGGAUUUAUAAUAAGCGUAACAAACAAGAAGAGUACGAUUGUAUGAACUGUGCAUCAUCAUCACCGGAAGAGAGUACUGUUUUACUUGAAGACGACAGUGACGUCUCCAUAAACUCAUCGUCGGUCGAUAAUAGUAGUACGGUUAUUAUUCUUCCUUCUAAGAAGACGGUGAAAGAGUCGGAUCCGAGGCCGAGAUACGGCGUCGCAUCGGUGUGUGGGAGGAGAAGAGAUAUGGAAGAUGCGGUGUCGAUUCAUCCGUCUUUUGUACGGAAACAAACGGAGUUUUCUCGAACGAGAUGGCACUUUUUUGGUGUUUACGACGGCCAUGGCUGCUCUCACGUUGCGGCGAGGUGUAAAGAGAGGCUUCACGAGUUGGUUCAAGAAGAAGCGCUUUCGGAUAAGAAGGAAGAUUGGAAAAAGAUGAUGGAACGUAGCUUCACUCGCAUGGAUAAAGAAGUUGUUCGUUGGGGUGAAACUGUGAUGAGCGCUAACUGUAGAUGUGAGCUACAGACUCCGGACUGUGACGCCGUUGGAUCCACCGCCGUUGUCUCCGUCAUUACGCCGGAUAAGAUUGUUGUCGCGAAUUGCGGCGAUUCCAGAGCUGUUCUUUGUCGGAAUGGUAAAGCAGUGCCUCUUUCUACAGAUCACAAGCCGGACCGUCCGGAUGAGCUUGAUCGAAUCCAAGAAGCAGGAGGACGAGUGAUAUACUGGGAUGGUGCAAGAGUCCUAGGCGUUUUAGCCAUGUCACGAGCUAUUGGAGACAACUACUUGAAACCGUACGUGACUUCGGAGCCGGAAGUGACGGUAACGGAUCGGACGGAGGAAGAUGAGUUUCUUAUUCUAGCGAGUGACGGGUUAUGGGACGUAGUGACGAACGAGGCGGCGUGUGCGAUGGUGCACAUGUGUUUAAAUAGAAAGGGUGGUCGUGGAGGAUCAGGAAGACGGCGAGGAGAAACUCAAACUCCCGGUGGGAGAAGUGAAGAAGAAGGGAAAGAGGAGGAGAAUGAGAAGGUGGUGGGGUCAAGAAAGAACGGGAAGAGAGGAGAGAUCACGGACAAAGCAUGUACGGAGGCGUCAGUGUUGCUGACGAAGCUGGCGUUGGCAAAACACAGUAGCGACAACGUAAGCGUCGUCGUUGUUGAUCUCAGAAGAAGAAGAAAGAGACACGUAGCUUGACACUAAUCUCCUAAAUCACU